CAAGCUCAGUUUACUAGGGAACUCCCGAACGACCCGGUCCCGAUUCUAACUUAGUGGGUUAUUUGGUUGUUUGUUGUCUUAAACUCUGUACCCAGUGGAGACAAUUUAUCUUGUGCGAUGUUUCAUGUGCCUACAGACGUUAAUUUUACAGUAUUUAUCAUCAAGUCUUAGAUUCUCCAGUUGGUUUUGACAAACUUUACGUGAAAUCACCCGUACACCGCGAGGACAGAGACGAUGUCGUACAGCUGCACCUUGAGAGAAAAAUAAAUCAAUGGGACGCCAUCUCUCAGUGUACGACUAUCGACUCGACUCAAGUCAGGCCAGGCAGACCGGACCACUGACAAUCGAAUCUACGCGAGCCUAGCCUUAUGCAUAUGAUGUAGGCUAACGAAGCGUGUAUAUCGCCAGUGCAACCGUUUGGGCCUGCUGACGACGUCAUCGAGACAAAGCAAACAUGUCUUUUUAACAUCCCGUCGACCCAGCUUCGACUAAUAACGCUAGAAUAUUAUAUCGACUAUUUUCUCAUCACUAUGGAAUCAAGUGCUAGUUUAACUAGCUUGUGGGGUCCUGAGGGUCAGGGUAGCCCAUUAAAGACUCAACCAUCGACGCCUUCAAAGUCAUCGGGAAAAGAUAUCGUUGGUGACGAGGUUAUAAGCUUCUAUGAUGAUGCUGGGCUUGGAGGCAUAGCGCGAGAGGCAAAGUUGAUUGACCCUUCAGGUAUUUUGAGAAGAGACACUAAUCUCCAGCAAGUUACAAGAGUCAUUCAGCUUCCUCAGUUCAUCUCUCCCAAGCCGUCACCCAUGAAGACCACUACCCAAAUCCUACCUAAAGUGGCAACUAUCGUCACGACUACGAAUGUCAGUGGGCUUCCAAUGAUACUAACACCACAGAGACCGUGUACAACAGUCUUAGCUGCUAGCCCAAGCCAAUCACAAUUCACACCAGUGUCAUUGCAGUCACCGAGUUGGUCAGGGUCAUCACAGAAGAGAAAGGCUGACUUUUCAGAUGAAUUUGAUAAUAGUAACAAGAGGAAGAAGAGAGAGAAAGAAUCAAAGGGUCUCCGGCAUUUCUCAAUGAAGGUGUGUGAGAAAGUACAGCAGAAAGGCAUCACGUCGUACAAUGAAGUAGCAGAGGAGCUCGUUAGAGAAUUUAGUCAGCCAGCGCAUCAGUUCUUACCAUCAGAAUCGCAUCAGUACGAUCAAAAGAACAUCAGGCGGCGGGUGUACGAUGCCCUCAAUGUCCUCAUGGCAAUGAACAUCAUCUCGAAAGAAAAGAAAGAGAUUAAAUGGAUUGGCCUGCCAACCAACUCUAGACAAGAGUGCGACAAGCUGGAGACGGAAAAGAGGAAAAGAUUAGACAGCAUACGACAAAAGAAAUCACAGCUUCAAGAGCUCCUCUUACAGCAAAUUGCAUUUAAGAACCUGGUGACACGCAACAAGAGGUUAGAAGAUACAGGGGCAAGUCCACCAACUAGUAACUCAGCCAUCCACUUACCUUAUAUUAUUGUCAAUACCAGCAAGAAAACGGUCAUAGAUUGCAGCAUAUCAAAUGAUAAGUAUGAGUAUCUGUUCAACUUCAACGAUACAUUUCAAAUCCAUGAUGACAUUGAAGUAUUGAAGCGAAUGGGAAUGGCAUAUGGACUAGAGAAAGGGCAAUGUAGUCACAGCGAUCUAGAGAGAGCCAAGACCAUGAUUCCCAAGACAUUGGAACCUUACCUAGCAGAAAUGGCCCAGCAGAGUCAGAGUUCUUCAAGUACAACCAUCAUUGCUGGACCCAGUGGGAUCCAGACCCAAGGUGCCUCUAAGACACACCUACCUGGUGAUCCUCAAUUCUCACCUCUUGCUGUUCCGCUGGCCUUAGCGCAUUCUGUCGAUGCUGAGGUUGCGCUAGCCACCGCAGACCUGGCGAUCUCACAGUCAUCUAGUCUAAGCUCGUACUCAGAUGCAGGGCCGUCACGAGGCGCUACAGAUACCCCCAGCUCGUUACUAGACAGCGAGAGUGAUGAAUCAAGUCGCGAAUCAUUCCAAGUGUAAUACAACCUCAUCCUCUUCCAUCGAGCACCUUUAAUGUUAACUCUAUGAUCAGCUUGUAUGUAUCGUACAAAGAUUUGGCUAUGUUGACUGACACACAGACUGAACAUGUGUGAUUGAUUGGUUUCGUCCUGGUGUGACUUCAGAGACUACGUUUAACUUUGAGACUCAUGUCAACUAGGAUCGAUGGAACCUACAGCACAUGUAUGUGUGCUGUAUUGUAAAAGCCUUGGAGAGUGCAUGUAGGAUAUUUCUUGAAGAAUAAAGAAAGUGUAACGAGUGGAAGGACAAAAAGAAUUGAUCGCUGAGAUGAGCUGAGCUGAGCCGAGUUGAGCUGAGCUGAUAUGUUGAAGGAGGGCUUUGCUAGAUCAGCUGACAUUUUGAAGGAUAGUUUCGAAGACAGACAUGGAUUGGAACAAACAAUGUGCCUUGGGAUCAACAUAUAUAGCUUCAUUUUAAGCUAUCCAACAGAGAUUAGUGGAGAUUUCCCCCAGCAUCAUACAGAGGUUUAAUCGUUUUCUAGUAUUGAUAGUGAAGAAUUGCAUAGAUGGGUGACUUGAAGUGGUAAAGACCAUUUAUUCUACCUACCGGUAAUGAAAGAAGAAAAAAAAUGACAUCAAAUUGAAGCCAAGUUAAAAUGUUCUCAUCAUAUUGCAUACUUGAUUUGGUUUGUUGCAUGGUAAGUCUUGAUGUUCUAGAUUAUAUAAUAUUUAAUGUAACAGAAGUUUUUGUGGGUACUUAGAAUUGGGAACAUAUUGUACAUGUCUAGAAACAGUUUUAUCAAAAAAGAUAUUUCUAUACAGAGAGAUUGAAAUGCUGUUUGCUGUGAACGUUUAAUAUUGCAGUGCUACUUGCAUUAACCAUGUGAAAUAAUAAUGAUAAUAAUAAAUACAUAUCUAAUAACUUACUCAAGGCGCUUUACAAAA